UGAAGGGUGGUCGAAUCCUGUUGGGGGAGGAUCCACACACACACACACACACUUACAUCACACUUCUGUCAAGUCUGAGCUGUCUUCAUAGAGUUUCAUGAUAAUAUUAAGAGUGCUCAGAGAAAAUGGUUCAUGUUGUCAUUUUGUUCUGCUUGUGUUUGUGGCAAUUGGAUGGUACAUUUGGUGUUAAUGCAUUGGAGUCAGUGUCAGUGACGGAGGGAGAUUCAGUCACUCUAGACUCUGGUUUUACUGAAAUGAUGGAUGAUGAUCUGAUUCUGUGGAGGUUUGGAUAUAACAAGACUUCACUAGCUGAAAUCAAUGUACUGGCCGACACAAUGACUGUAUUUGAUGAUAUUCUUGAUGGGAGAUUCAGAGACAGACUGAAGCUGGAUCAUCAAACUGGAUCUCUGACCAUCAUGAACACCAGAACUGAACACACUGGACUCUAUCAACUACAGACCAGCAGUGUGAUCAAGAACUUCACUCUCACUGUCUACGCUCGUCUGUCUGUUCCUGUCAUCAUCAGAAACUCUUCACAAUGUUCAUCAUCAUCAUCUUCAUCUCAGCAGAAUUGUUCAUUGUUGUGUUCAGUGGUGAAUGUGGGUCAUGUGACUCUCUCCUGGUACAAAGGAAACAGUUUAUUGUCCAGCAUCAGUGUGUCUGAUCUCAGCAUCAGUCUCUCUCUACCUCUGGAGGUGGAAUAUCAGGAGAAAAACAGCUACAGCUGUGUGAUCAACAAUCCCAUCACAAACCAGACCACACAUCUGGACAUCACUCAGCUCUGUCUCACAUGUUCAGACAUAGCAGCACGGUCUUCUUCUCAUCUCAUCUCUCUGAUCGUGGUGAUCUCUGUUGUUGGAUCUCUGUUGAUUGUUGCUGCAGUCGUCUGCAUCCGCAGAAAACACAGAAACACUGGCCAAGAAGGCAAGAGUAACCUACUGCUUUUAACUGUGAUAAGUAAUACUAACCCUAACCCUAACCCUAACUUGUAA